AGAGAGACAUUCUGCUUUCAUACUGAAACAGACUUUUAGCAGACACAAAGAUGAAGAUGCCACAGCUUCUCAUCCUCUUGUUCAUAAUUUUAGAGCACGCAGCAGUCGCUUUCCCUACAGACAGAAGAGCUCUGCUGGGCCGGGACAAACACGCCUCCUGGGACGAUGUGAACGUGGUGGCUCACGGCCUCCUGCAGCUGGGCCAGGGUCUGAAGGAGCAUGUGGACAAGACCAAAGCCCAGAUGAGAGAAGUCAACGCCAAACUGAAGACCUUCAACGGCACGGUGGCCGAACUGGAGAGGAGGGAGCACGAGCAAGAAGAAGCUCUGAAGGCACCAAGCAAAGAGGAGGAGGAGGAGAGGGAGAGGAUGGCGGCAGGGCUUGCCGAGGAGAUGAGGGGAAAGGUGGAGGAGGUGAAGACGCAGAACAAGGACAUCCACACCAGGAUGGACAGACUGGAGGAGAAGGUGGAUGAGGUGCUGAAAGAGCCGACACUAGACAGCAGCAAUCACACAGGAGUCUCAUUUAUCCAGAGACUGGUGGCCGCUCAGAACAGACGCAUUGACCAGCUGGUGGAGAAGAUCCAGCAGCAACAAGACAAAUUGGAGAAGCAGAGUCUGCACCUGCAAACACUGCAGAGCAAGGUUGCACAUAAGAGAGUAAAAUCACACAGACGGAGAGAUGAAGGGAUGGCACCGAGGGGAGAGCCAACAGUGCAGAAAAGAGACGCAUCAGGUUUGGCCAGAGAUUGUCACGAUCUGUUUGUACGAGGGCAGCGAGCCAGCGGCGUCUACACGAUCCAACCAGAGAGUUCCCAACCCUUCAACGUCCUCUGUGAAAUGACUUCAGAAGGUGGAUGGACCGUCAUCCAGAAACGUCAAGAUGGAUCCCAGAGCUUCAACCAGCUGUGGGAAAGCUAUAAGAAAGGCUUCGGCAGCCUGAAUGGUGAGUUUUGGUUGGGCUUGGAAAACGUCCACUCGCUCUCCAAACAAGGCCGCUACGUCCUGCAGGUGGAGCUCUCUGGUCGGGGAGGAGAGCAGCAGCACGACGCUCGUUAUCUACUCCAACUUGACGGAGAAGAGAAGAAGUUCGCUCUCCACCUGGAGCCGGAGUCUUCGUCCGGGGUUCAAGAGAAUAUAAUGACCACGGGAAAGACUGGUCUUCCCUUUUCCACAGCCGACAAAGACAACGAUCUCGCUGCAGACGUCAACUGUGCUGAACUGCUCUCAGGUGGUUGGUGGUUCAGUAGUUGUGGUGAGUCAAACCUCAACGGCAGAUAUCUGAGAAGGCCGAGCGUGAAGAGAAGACAAGGGAUGUUUUGGACGUCCACAAAGGGACAAGACAACUCCGUUAAGACGACUCUUCUGAAGAUGGCGCCCGUCACAAUAAAGCAAUAAGCAGACUCGACUGUACUUAACGCUAGUUAAUGAUCUAUCAUGCGCUGGAUCAUGAGAUAUUUCUAUGCUGUGCCAUAACAUCACUCGGUCAUAUUGACGGUUGUUUAUUCCCCUUUGUAAGGGCUUCUUAAUCUUAUUUUGUAAUACUUACUGUAUGUAUUUGAAAUACUUCUACUUUAAAAUAUACUUUGUGAUAUCUUUUACAUUUAUACACUUUAAACUUCUUACAUUUAAUUUAUAGGAAGUUGAUGAAAAUAAAGCUUUUCAAAUGUUU